GGACUUCUCGAGACAACACAUGCUGCUGGGCUGAUUUUGAGGAGACCUUUGCGUGGCGGGCGGUAAACAGUCAUCCUGGUCAGGCGGGUAGCGAUGUCAGCGAGCAAAAGUGCUGCGCGAGUGGCGCUGCCCAUACGCAGCGCCUUGAAAGCAUCGCGGCCGUGCGGGCGACAACUUGCUCAGGUCGUAGCAACCCGGGCCAUCUCUAGCAAGACCUUGCGCAAUCCCAAGGAUGAAGUCAAAGCCAAGACAUGUUUCACCUCUUCGAUUGCUCAGCAGAGACGAGCACAGAGCAGCAAUGCUACACCAGCGCCACAAAUGUACACAGAAGAGAACCCAGGAAAGACAGAUUUAUAUCAUCUUCACCUCGAAAACGGGGCGAAAAUGGUUCCUUUUGGUGGCUAUUCCAUGCCAGUACAGUACUCCGAUCUUUCCGUCGGCGAAAGCCACGUCUGGACACGCGAGAAAGCCUCUCUCUUCGAUGUUGGUCAUAUGGUCCAGUAUCACGUCGAAGGUCCUGGCGCCGAAGCAUUUCUCGAAUCGGUCACUCCAGCAGGCAUCAAAGAGCUGAAACCGGGCCAGUCUACGCUCUCAGCAUUACUACAUCCCAAGACCGGCGGCAUUGUAGAUGACUGCAUGAUCACUCGUCUCGAAGAAGGUCCUAAGCAUCUCUUCUACCUCGUCACCAAUGCUGGAUGCCGUUCCAAGGACUACGCCUUCCUCAGCAAAGCUAUCGAAAAGUGGGACAAUACUGUCAACCCAGUCACUCACCUCCGCCACUUGCAAGCGAAUGAUGGCCAGACUUACGGUCUCAUCGCCCUCCAAGGACCUCUUUCCAAGGACAUUCUGCAGGAGACCCUUGCGAAAACGUGCAAGGUUGACCUAAGCAAAUGGUACUUCGGCACGCAGAAAUACAUCACCGUGACUUUGCGCUCUACUGGGGAAGAAUCUCUCCCCAUUGUGGCAUCUCGAGGAGGCUAUACAGGCGAAGAUGGCUUUGAACUGAGCAUCCAUCCCUCGCAAACUGUAGAAGUGACCAAGACGCUUCUGGAAGCGGCAGGCAAAGACCGGCUCAGAUUCGCUGGCUUAGGAGCACGAGACAGUCUUCGCCUCGAAGCUGGAAUGUGCUUGUACGGUCACGAUCUAGACGAUACCACCACACCCGUCGAAGCAUCUCUGAACUGGAUCGUGCCCAAGUCCCGACGUUCGGGUGAACGGGCAUCAUUCAACGGUGCAGAAACCAUAAUUCCACAACUCACGCCCAAGAAAGAAGGUGGUAUCGGCGUGACGAGAAGGCGCAUCGGAUUGACCGUGACCGGAUCACCUGCGCGAGAAGGCGCAGAGAUUCUCGACAAAGAGAGUGGUGAGGUGAUUGGCAAAGUCACGUCUGGAUGUCCGUCACCAACUCUGAAACAGAAUAUUGCCAUGGGCUAUAUCAAAGAUGGCAUGCACAAAAGUGGUACGGAAGUCGAUGUGGUAGUGAGAGGCAAGAAGCGGCAGGCUGUGGUGACGAAAAUGCCAUUUGUCCCAAGCAAGUACUUCAAGGGAGGUCUGCCUGGAUGAGUGGAGCUCUCUCUCUCUCUCUCUACUCUCUACAAGCUCUCCGGAUAUCAUGAAAAUUCCUAGUCUGUUACGAUCUG